AUACUCAAGGGCGGUAUCUAUGACGAACUGAUAGCAAAAAUUUGUUGGCUUGUUGCUUGCCUCAGCUCAGGUGCCCCCGGGCUUAUCAACUUGACAAACACCACAAGACGGACCCGAUAGUCACUCUACAGCAAAUAUGGUCUUCUCUUUCCUGCCGAGCAUUGUCCCGGCAUUUCCAGAGUAUACGGGGCCCUACAAAGUGGGCGCUGUAGACGUCGAAAUCCCAAUAUCGGAGAUUGGCUCUGUGAGCGCAACCCCAAACGAAGCUGAUCACAUCCACACCAUUCAGUUCAGGAUAUUCUAUCCCGCUACUCCUGACACGAACAAUGAAGGCAUUACCUGGCUCCCGCCUCCUCAGCGUCUCGCUGUUUGGGCUUAUAGCCAGUUUCUUGGGCUGAGUUCCAGAGUCGCAUCCGUUCUAUCGUCAGUACCCCAUCACCCGUAUCACUAACAAUCAGAUUUAGCUGACUUUGUAUCCAGAUUCUUGCCCAGGCAUCUUCAUUACAUCAAAAUCCCGGUUCACGCAAAUGCUACGCUCUUACCUCCUCAGUCGG